UCCCUUUGAAUAAUCCACAUCUAGGGCAAGCUGGUUGAGAGGCAAUCGAGUGCUCAGCUCCUCUCUGCAGGCUGAAAAAAGAGAGAGGGAGAGAAAGACAACGAAUUUCAGCGCAGGAGGAAAAAUGCAACAUUUGGACAGACCAGGAAGACGACAAGAAUUAACCAAGAGGAACAUUUUCUUCUGAGGAUACCAUUUAUUUAUACAUAUUGUUUAUAUAUCUAUAUAUAUUUGUACACACGCAUAUAUUUAUAUAUAUAUAUAUAUCUAUACAUUUAUCCUUGUACAUAUCUGUAUUUGUGCUUGUCUGUUUAUAUCAAUAUUUUUAUAUGUAUUCGUGUGUGUAAAUAUAUAUAUAAGCAAAAGAAUAUCUAUCAAUUUAUAUGCGUAUCACUGUGAAACGAGAAGCAAGAGGAAAUUUUUACCAUCAGGGCUGGUCUCUGAUUGCGUGCUCAUAUACAUAUUUUGAAUAUUUUCUUUUGCUCUUCUACUUCGAGAGGACGUGCCCAUUUUGUAUUUUUGCUUUCCUCUUUCUGCUUCACGCUCCUCUCAUAUAUUAUAUAUUUUUUGUAUCAUCCGAAAGGAGUAAAGCGGAGACUGGCAGGAUUUGCUGGAAGGGGAAAAGCUGUAGAAAUUCCUGUAAUUAGUGUUAUUUCCAUCUGCAUUAGUGCUCUGUGAACUGAUCACAGCGUGCUCCGUGUGAUCCGAGGAGGCAGCAGUGACAGAGUGCCACGCCGCUCAGCCCAGCGUCAGCGCAGCCAGCAUGCACAAACAUCACCACUGCUGCAAGUGCCCAGAAUGUUAUGAAGUGACCCGUAUGGCUGCCCUGCGAAGGAUGGAUGCCCCAUCUUAUGGAGGAGACUGGCAGGCCGAGCCCUAUGGAUACCCUCCUGGGUAUGGGGGAGGCCAAACCUUACCCCCUCCUGUCUCAGGAGGAGGUGGAAACAUGGGAGGAGGAGGGGGUACUUUAGGUAGAAGUAAGGGCAAGAUAUCUGGUGGGGGCCCUGGAGGACCUAACCCAAAGGGCCAAUCCAAGAGUGGCCCCAAAGUAAACGGCAACAAUUCCAGCGGUCAAGGAGGAUGGUGGCCGGAGUGCACCUGCACCAACCGGGAGUGGUACGACCAGGCAAACCCUCCCCCCAUCAUCGUCAAUGCAGACUCACUAGAUGCAGGCCCUUAUGUAAAUGGCAGUGAUGGGAUGUAUAAAUAUGAAGAGAUCAUCUUAGAAAGGGGGAACUCUGGCCUGGGCUUUAGCAUUGCUGGAGGAAUAGACAAUCCCCACAUCCCUGAUGACCCAGGAAUCUUCAUCACCAAGAUCAUCCCUGGAGGAGCAGCUGCUAUGGAUGGAAGGCUCGGGGUGAAUGACUGUGUGUUGCGUGUGAACGAUGUGGACGUGUCUGAGGUCGUUCACAGCCGGGCUGUAGAAGCGCUGAAGGAGGCGGGGCCAGUGGUGCGGCUGCUGGUCCGACGGAGGCAGGCCCCACCAGAAACGAUCCUGGAGGUCAACCUACUCAAAGGACCCAAAGGGCUUGGAUUUAGCAUCGCUGGAGGGAUUGGAAACCAGCAUAUCCCUGGAGACAACAGCAUCUAUAUUACCAAGAUCAUAGAAGGAGGAGCAGCCCAAAAAGAUGGACGGCUGCAGACUGGAGACCGCCUGCUAGCUGUUAACAACAUCGUGCUGCAGGAUGUGCGUCAUGAGGAGGCAGUGGCGGCGCUGAAAAACACCUCUGACAUGGUGUACCUCAAAGUGGCCAAGCCUGGUCCUGUCCACCUUAAUGACAUGUACGCGCCUCCGGACUACUCCAGCAGUCUGGCCCUCCCUCCAGCCUUCCCCACCAUGGUGGACAACCACGUCAGCCACAACUACAUGGGGGCUGUGGAGCCGAAGCCAGUGUACCCGCCACCCCAGGUCACCCCGUCCAGGUACUCGCCAGUUCCUCGCCACAUGCUAGGGGAGGAAGACUUUACAAGGGAACCAAGGAAGGUGUUGCUGCACAAGGGCUCCACAGGCCUGGGCUUCAACAUAGUUGGUGGAGAAGAUGGAGAAGGCAUCUUCGUUUCCUUUAUCCUGGCAGGGGGGCCGGCUGACCUGAGCGGCGAACUGAGGAGGGGCGACCGAAUUCUCUCAGUGAAUGGAGUGAAUUUAAGGAACGCCACUCAUGAGCAGGCAGCUGCAGCGCUGAAGAGAGCUGGUCAAACUGUCACCAUCAUUGCUCAGUACAGGCCUGAAGAAUAUACUCGCUUUGAGUCCAAGAUCCACGACCUGAGGGAGCAGAUGAUGAACAGCAGCAUGAGUUCAGGAUCAGGAUCCCUGCGCACCAGUGAGAAACGCUCCCUCUAUGUCAGAGCUUUGUUUGACUACGAUCGAACGAGGGACAGUUGCCUUCCCAGCCAAGGCCUGAGCUUCUCUUACGGAGACAUCCUCCAUGUCAUAAACGCUUCUGAUGACGAGUGGUGGCAGGCGAGGCUGGUCACCCCCCACGGGGAGAGCGAGCAGAUCGGAGUCAUUCCAAGCAAGAAAAGAGUGGAGAAAAAAGAGAGGGCCAGGUUAAAAACGGUCAAGUUCCAUGCCAGGACAGGCAUAAUCGAGUCCAAUCGGCCAGUCAAAGUAAAGCGCAAAAAAAGCUUCAACCUCUCACGCAAGUUCCCGUUUUACAAGAGCAAGGAGAAUAUCGUGCAGGAGUUGGUGGAAUCUGAACAAUGCCUGACAUCCAACACAAGUGACAGUGAAAGCAGUUCAAAGGGCCAGGAGGACACAAUUCUUUCCUACGAGCCAGUUAUCCGACAAGAAAUCCACUACACGCGGCCUGUGAUAAUACUGGGCCCAAUGAAGGACAGAGUCAAUGAUGACCUCAUCUCAGAGUUUCCUCACAAGUUUGGUUCCUGUGUUCCCCACACGACUCGUCCCAGGCGAGAGAAUGAGAUGGACGGGCAGGACUAUCACUUUGUGGGCUCACGAGAGCAAAUGGAGAAAGACAUUCAGGAUAAUAAGUUCAUCGAGGCUGGACAGUUCAACGAGAACCUGUACGGGACGAGCAUCUUGUCUGUCAGAACUGUUGCUGAGAGGGGAAAACACUGCAUCCUGGAUGUGUCUGGAAAUGCCAUAAAACGACUGCAGCAAGCACAACUUUAUCCAAUUGCCAUCUUUAUUAAACCGAAAUCCAUUGAAGCUCUAAUGGAAUUGAAUAAAAGGCAGACGUACGAGCAGGCCAAUAAAGUGUUUGACAAGGCAGUAAAGCUGGAGCAAGACUUUGGAGAGUAUUUCACAGCUAUUGUACAGGGCGACUCGCUAGAGGAGAUCUACAACAAAAUCAAGCUAAUCAUUGAGGAGCAGUCCGGGCCCUACAUCUGGAUCCCCUCCUCGGAGAAGCUCUGAGCUCCCUGCCAUCCCUUCUGCGUUGGCGCUGAGCUCUCCCCUCCUGCCUCCCACACACCACCCCCCAACUCAAGCCCAAAUAGUCCCACCCGCACUUCCUUUUUGCAGAUAUGUUUCAUAUCAAGUUUUAGUGUCAUCAUUAUGUUACUCUCUAAAUGAAAAAGAAGUCUUAUCACCAUUACUGUGACUGUGCACACCCCUGCAUGAGUUUCUCAACAAAUCCAUUCAAGACUGGAAACACCAUUCCAAAGGAAAUUUGUCAACUGAAAACUAAAGGGAAAAAGAAUAAUCCUGUUUAAGCUUUUAUUUUCCUCGUUUUUUUUUUUUGUUUUUUGUUUUUUUCUUUUUUGAACUGCGACUGAAGAGCAGAAUGUUUUACCGAAAUACAGAGUGAGGAUUGGGGGUGGGGAGGGGGCUGCAAAAAGAAGUUGUAGAGAAAUGGAGACGAAUCACACCAGGUCAGAACACUUUGUAAAUGUUCAUGGAAUCACAUUUAAAAACACAAGAUGAGAUCCUCAGACCAAAAAAAAAAAAAAAGGGUUUUUUUUAUUUUUUACUUAAAGGGGAAAAAAUAGAGACUGGAUCAAAGAGAGCUCUGCUGUCAGGUACUCUUCAGGAGUCAUCUUGAUUAUAGUGACAGAAGAUUGGAGGAGGAGCUGCAAAGUGGUGUAAUAUUUAUCACGGACCGCCGUGCUGACUGGUUCUUAAUGCUGCAGCGGAUGGACGUCUCGAAAGGCAGAAAUGUGUUGUGAAUCUCGACAUUUAUAUUAUAUAAAAAGAAAAUCACAAUAAAAUCCUACUGAGAUUUUACUACAGCUAAAAAAAAAUUACAUAUUUUACACUUCACUAGAAUUGUCGAUUUGGAGGGCUGUUAUUCGUUUCCCUCUUUUAUCUUUCCUUAGGAUUUAAAAAAAAAAAUGGUUUUGCUUUUGCUUGUGGUUUUUAGCUGCUCUGUAUAAAAGGCCGGGGUAGAGACGUGUAACUGGGCUCUCUGCAGAACACCAAAUUGCCUUAAAUCAAACACAAAUCUGUUUUGUCACUUCCUGUUGUCUGUGAGGGAGGCCGCACACAACUGACGAGGAAAAGAGGGAUAACAUUCUUUUUUUUGUUUGUUUGUUUUGUUCCCCGCCCCUUUGUGUCCUCAGACUGCCGGGAGACCUGAGUCGAGUGCAAUAGAUGAAGUCUCACCUUAUUGUGUAUCUGAACCUUUGUCCCGUCAGGACAUAAGAAUUAGGCCAUUGGAUGAUAAUUCUGACAGCCAGAGCCUCCUAACACACGGCGAGCAGCAGACCGCCCAAUUACACUCUCUGCCUAAUGAUCGAAUGGUCGCAUGGUACUGUCCUAUCUGCCGCCGUGGCGGCUGUUUUAAAACGGGUAGAACAAGACAACACAUGCGUUGGAUGUCCUCACGAAUAACAAUGUAAACCCUCCCCCACAAACACAACAACACUAAAGUUGGGUUUCAUUAAACGUGUGUGCUUUAUCUCCAAAUCUCUGGAUCUUGAAUCAGUCUGUUGUUGGCAGGUGCUGAACUGCUGUGUUGAGCUCUUAGUGGAUCUGAGGGGAAUUGGAUGAGACGCUAACUCUGAAAUAUAUAAACGCCACCCUGCCCCCAAAAUGUGAGCCAAUACACGCAGUUUGUCAGUGUCAAAUAUGAAGAAAUACAUGUGGUACUGUGUUUUUUGUUUUUGUUUUUAACCAAAGUGUAAUCAGGAUGGGUUUUUUUGUUUUGCUUUUAAUGAGCGUGGGGUUGUACAACAUUACCAGGAUCGAAAGAGACCUACUCCAUCUUUUAAUGCAGAUCUUGGCAACUGUUAAUGUGUGCACGUGAGAGGGCACACCUGAGCCGUUGGCGAUGUGGCGCACUGUGGCUCUCGAUCGUACAAACAUUUUUAUUUUUGCAUUCAGCUUAGGAUGAGAGCAGGUUUUUUUUUUUACUAGUUUUAAUCAUUUUUGUCCCUCGGAGAGUGAGAACCGUCAGAAGUGGUAACCCCGCCCACAGUGCACCUGUACCUGCAGGCAUUUUCUGAAUGGGUGUGCCCACCUGCCAGGCACCGCUGCUAAACCAGCUGUCAUUACCUGUGUCAAAACCAGGGUUCAGGGAAUAACCGAAGGGAACAGAGCCAUUUCUAAACCUGCUUGCAGACUGUUUGAGGGUGUGGUAGCUGUACAAUGUAAAUAUGCCCCCUCCCUCCCCUCCCCCAAGCAGAUCCCCCUCACCUGUGCUUCAUGCAUGUGUGAAUCAAACUGGGAUUAACAUUUUAUAGACCACAAAUGUCAGGUAAGUAAAGUCUGAGCUACUCUUGAGAUAUAAUUUCCAUACAAAUGUGCUGUAUUGUUAGUAUUUCUCUUCAGAUGCCUAUCGGAACAAUUAACUAGUCAGUUGGAAACUCAGUUCCUCCACGUAGGGCCUGUCUACAUGUGACUUUCUUGUGGAUCGUGUCUGACUAUAGAUUUAAAAAAAAAAAACCUGUAUAUUGUAAAGACGCAGGCAAAAAUCUACACAACACAGAAACCAGGAGCAUUGAUCAAUGCAUCAUUUAGAGGUUUAAGAUGGGUCUGCUCUGGUGUUUAGUUCUCAUACAGCUGACUGUUAACGAUGUGUGUGUGGUACUCGUACCUCAGUCAGCCAUGUCAAAACCCAAAGAACUUGAUUUCAUUCUACUGUGCGUUGAGGUUGUGGUAUCUGACCAGAUGGAACCUGAAUGCCUCUGUGUGUAUAACUGACGAGGGCCUUUGUUCCGCUGACAGAAGUGACAUGCUUUUAUUUUCGGGUGGGAGGGGGUUGGAAUGGGUGGGGUGGAGGUUCUCCUUUGUACUUUUGGGUGAUGAUGUUUAUGUUCUAGCACAUCUGUGCAGUAAGUGCUUGCAAACAUGAACCCUUUGAUUGUACAGUAGUUCUCCUUCCUGUCACUGCAGGUGGUACAGCCUAUCAGGACACUUGGCCUCGUGGUCUUCCCUGUCCUAGUCAUGAGGGGGAAACACAGUCCUGCAAUAUUUUGUUUGGGUUUUAUUUUGGGACUUGACAAGAGUUUAUUUGUUUGAAAAUAAAAUGUGACUCAG